AGCCGGCGGUGAGCCCGCCCCUACCGCUUCCCUCCCUGCGCCGCAACGGGGCGCCCGCGGGCCCCUCCGCAGCGGCGCCGGCGGUGGAGGAGGAAGAUGGCGGCUGCCGCCUCCGAGCAGCAAAGUUCUAAUGGCCCAGUGAAGAAGUCUAUGCGAGAGAAGGCUGUGGAACGCAGGAACAUUAAUAAGGAGCACAACAGUAAUUUUAAAGCAGGAUACAUCCCAAUUGAUGAAGACCGUCUCCAUAAGACAGGGUUACGUGGCAGGAAAGGCAACUUGGCCAUUUGUGUGAUUGUUCUUCUUUUUAUUUUGGCUGUCAUCAAUCUGAUUAUCACGCUGGUUAUCUGGGCAGUGAUUCGCAUCGGUCCCAAUGGUUGUGACAGUAUGGAGUUCCAUGAGAGUGGCUUGUUGCGGUUUAAACAAGUUUCUGACAUGGGUGUUAUACAUCCCUUGUAUAAAAGCACUGUAGGAGGCAGACGUAAUGAAGACUUAGUGAUCACUGGAAAUAAUCAGCCUAUUGUAUUUCAGCAAGGAACAACCAAGCUUAGUGUGGAAAAAGACAAAACUUCUAUUACCAGUGAUAUUGGCAUGGAAUUUGUUGACCCACGGACACAAAAUACCUUGUUCAGCACAGACUAUGAAACUCAUGAGUUUCAUCUGCCAAAUGGAGUUAAAAUCUUGAAUGUACAGAAGGCUUCUACAGAGAGGAUUACCAGCAAUGCGACCAGUGAUCUAAACAUAAAGGUCGAUGGCCGUGCUAUCGUCCGGGGAAACGAAGGUGUUUUUAUCACAGGCAAGACCAUUGAGUUUCGAAUGGGGGGUAACAUGGAACUUAAAGCAGAAAACAGCAUUAUUCUGAAUGGAACUGUGAUGGUCAGCCCAUCACGACUGCCAAGUUCUUCUUACGGGGAACAGUUUAAUAACGGGAACUGGCUGCGUUUCAAGCUCUGCAUGUGUGCAGAUGGGACACUUUUCAAGGUCCAGGUGACAGGUUAUAACAUGGGUUGUCAGACUUCUGUCAAUCCAUGUGGAGCCACACACUGAAACACAAAUCACUACCAGAAGAGUUCUCUUCAGUGUUUACAUGUAUUUGUAUGAAAUAAUUGCAUGCCUUCAAGGAUUUCUGGUUUUACAGCAGUUUAUACUAACAUUUGUUACAUAAUAUUUUUAAACAAAGGCUGUGAUGUUCAGCAGUAUUGUCACCAUUGUGUUAGCCAUAAUAGUGGCACUGAUGUAAUAAGCUAUCUACAUGUGUACUGAAGUACCUUCCUUCCUGAAUUGAGAUCAGUAGAAUGUAUUUCAAGAAUGUGAUCUUAGCAACAGUCUUAUCUGCCUUCAGUUGCCUUAAGAGGAGGUUUUUGUCCUACAUCCCAAGACCUUGAGGGCUGCUGAGAACAUAUCUGCGAUCUGAAGGACUUCAACAGGAAUGCUGAUUUGUUGUUGAAAGUGGAUUUACUGGCAGAUUUUUAUCUUCUCUUAAUUUCUUGCCAAAGGUUGAUAUAAUGAUCUCCCCCAAAAUGAUGUGGUUUACCAUAUGGGUACUAAGAGAGGAGUAGUGGCAGAUUCACUUUAUAAUAAUGCAUUAUUUCUGCCAUAUAGUCUCAUGUAGUUAAAAAAAUAAAUGCUAGCACAAAUAAUAUUUGCAAAGUAAUUCCAGGUGUGGAAAUGUAACUUCAAUUUUUAAACAGUCCUGUGAUUACUGAA